AUGAACUCGCAGAGUUCUCGAAGUCACUCGAUUUUCAUGAUGCAGCUAAGAGGGUUGAACGAAGAUACAGGGGCGAGUGUUUGCGGUGCUUUGAAUUUAUGCGAUUUAGCUGGAAGCGAAAGACUAGAUCGUAGCGAAGCCAACUCCGAUGCUGCACGGCUCAAAGAGACGCAAUCAAUCAACAAGAGUCUCAGCUGCCUCGGAGUAGUCUUCAAUUCACUGGCCAUGGGAGCAUCUCACAUUCCUUACAGGAAUUCGAAACUGACUUAUUUGCUUCAGGAUUGCCUAAGUGGUGAUGGCAAAGCACUCAUGUUUGUCAAUUUGAGUCCAACGACAGAAAGCAGUGGAGAAAGUUUGUGUUCCUUGCGAUUUGCGCAACGUGUAAAUCAAGUUGAGUUAGGCAAAGCGACAAAGAACAUAGCUUAUACGAAGACUUGA